AUGGCUCAGCCAUCUGGGAAAGUCCUAGAGGGUGUCUUUGCGGUCAACAAGCCCCCAAACCUGUCCUCCGCUCAAGUCCUUCGAGAUCUUCAACGUAAUUUUGCCGAGUCAAACACCUUUGCGCCAUUACUUCAGCGAACCAAAAAUGUCUUGGAAGAGCAGGAGCGACAUCAGCCCAAGCGACGAAAGCGCGGGAAUGACCAGAUUUUCAAGAUGGGUCACGGAGGCACCCUAGAUCCUAUGGCGACAGGUAUUUUGAUUGUUGGAAUUGGCAGAGGCACGAAGUACCUCCAAGAUUUCCUGGGUAGCAAGAAGACCUACGAGACCGUCGUUUUGUUUGGAAAAAGUACAGAUACGUAUGAUGUGACAGGAAAAGUUGUUGCAGAGGGCCCCAUGGAGCAUAUCACAAAAGGUCUGGUGGAGGAAAAGAUCGAGAAGCUCCGUGGGAAACAGAAGCAGAUGCCGCCACUGUUUAGCGCAAUCAAAAUUAAUGGCAUGAAGGCAUAUGAAUAUGCAAGGGGCGGCAAGGAGCUCCCUCGAGAACUCGAAACCCGUGAUGUCGAAGUCUCCGAAUGUUCCCUUCUCGAGUUUUAUGCACCAGGGGAGCACGAUUUUCGCUGGCCGGCCGAGCAGGCUCCUGAAGAGGAAAAGGCUAUCGCUACAAGACUUAUGGCAGGCGUUGAAGCAGCCAAGCUGACAACCACUCUCGAGGUAAAAGCAGACAUACCCGAAGUAUCCUCAACCGCACAAACAAAAGAGACCAAUAUCAACGAGAUCCCAUACGAGAAGAAAGCUGCUAUGCACAUUCACACUGCUAAGCAAGAGCCGUUCCCCGCCCAUGCUCCGGCCGCGCGCAUUCGCCUGACUGUCAGCAGCGGAUUUUACGUCCGGUCUUUUGCAUACGACCUCGGAAUUGCUUGCAGCUCAUAUGGGUCGAUGGCUGCUCUGGUUCGCAGUCAACAAGGGAGUUAUACCACUGUCCAGCCAGCUCCGGAGGGCUUCAUUCCAACACUGACCUAUGAGGAUCUGGAGGCAGGAGAAAAUGUGUGGGGUCCUAAACUCUCAUCGGUGCUGGAAGGUUGGGUAGAAGAGCAUCCAGAGACUUCAGCCCAAAAGGACUUCGAUCAUCGAGACUUUCCGAGAGGGCACAACGCCAAUAAGGGAGGCAGGGGAUUUCGCGGGCGUGGAGGAGGCCAGAAGACGUCGUGGAACGAUCGAAAGGACAACAGGUCCCGCGGUUCUAAGCGGCGCAACAGCUCGUCUCCAGAUUUGUAG